AUGACACACACGGAGGCUGCGCAGGCGGCCCCGGACGAUGCCAUAGUACUAGCCCGCGCAUGUUUAGAGCGCCUGCGUGCGCUACGUACCCUAAAGGCGACACCUGCGCCAUGGGAUACGACAUCGUUGCAUCCGGAAGAUCGCGCGGCGCUUACGACAUCGACAUCGCAUACCGAGGCUCUAGCGAAGGUGAACACGCAGAUCCGGCAGUUGGAGCAGCGUAUGGACGAACUAAAGCACGCGUUCAGCGCGCAAAUGCGGCAGUCCUUUGAGUCAUCCCUUCGUGGCGUGUUCCAGGGCGACGGCGCUGAGAACGGCACGGAACUCACGGAUGAGAACCAAGUGCUGAACGAAGAAGGGUUGCCGUUCGUUGAUCCGUUGGAAGCGUUGCCGGAUUCACCGCCGCAAACCCCUGACCUAAGCGGGCAUGGACUCCCGCGCCCGACAGGCAAUGUCCUGGGCCGCACGCCAGGUCACGUCGAGCCCUUUGAUCCGACCCUGCAAGGAGAAGAGCGACGUCAAUGGAUGUCGUCGGUGUUCGACGAGUUGGAGCAAGAAGAAGCAGCAGAGCGACAGGCAGAAGAGGCAGCGGCAGCCGAAGCACAGAAAGCCAAGUCACCUCUUACUCUUCGCCGUGGCUUCUUGCAGAACGCCGCUGCCACGCAGGCGCAAGAUACGACGCAGCGCACCAAAAAGCAUGUCCGCAUCGUCGAGCCGUCCGAGGAAACUACUACGAACGUAGAAGCACCUGCGACCAAGCGCAAAGCUGUGCCGCUCGGUAUGGACCCGGAAGAUGCAGGUGUACAAGAAGAGGCGGCGCGCAUUGUCGAGCUGCUAGGGCCUGAGGUGAUUCGUGGGCAUCCCAAUGCCGAGCGAAUCUUUGCUGAUAUGGAAGCGUCGCAGCCCCGCAUCGUGCAGAAAGUCGUGCCUGACGACGAGGAGCAUGCGACGCCCGCAGGACCCGCGGUCAAGGACACCAUCGAGGAACGGUCGACCGCCGAGCCUACGACCAUACGGACGCCCGGCAAGCGCAAAGCCAGUGCGUUUAAGCAGCGGCAAAGGGCCAUGAAGGCCGAGGACGAGGCACGUCCCUCGGCGCCCAGCAUUUCGCACGGCAUUUCGGCGAUCGAAAGGGCCGGACGGAAAGACGAUGCCCAAGCGUCGCAGCUGCAGGGGGCCCGUAUACCUCAUGCACGACCGACCAAAGCGUAUGCAGAGAAGCUGGCGCAGCGUGCGGCAGCGCGCGACGUGGACAACGACGAGGAGGAGGCGGCCCCUGCACGGCCACGUCGCGUGCGGUUUGGCGGCGAUGAAGUGUUCCCCACCGACACGGAGACCGCGUACGAAGCAGAAGAGCGGAUGGAAGAGGACGAAGAUGCGCACGUCGUGCAUCGCGAUGAGGACGACGAGAACGAGGAGGCGGCCUGGGACGAGACGUACAUGGCGAUGGACGACGAUGAUGAGGGCGACGUCGAUACGUGGCAAGACGACGACGACGCACUAUGGGACAGCGACGACGACUAUACGCCAACCGACGUGGAAGCCCUCAAACCAGCUAUGCAAGGCCACCCGGACGACGCGUACUGGAACGACGACCUAGCGCGCGCGUAUGCCGAGGCCAAGGCGCGGUUGGCAUCCACGCCCUCGUCGGUAGCGGAGGAUCCGCACGACGACAAUGCGGAGACGUAUGGCAUUGCGCCGCUGUCGGCGUCGGUCGGCGACGAUGGCCAUCCCACGUCGCAGCCCCACGUAUCGCGCUUCAAAGCCGCGCGCAUGAAGGGCGAAGCGGUGCCCGAUCCCAAUGGCGACCUCGUCCCGGAUCAACGCCGCGGACACGACACGGACGACGACGUGCAGCGAGGGCCGAUCAUGGUCCUCCCGUCCCUCGCGCCAGUGCGUUUUCCACGCCCCGUCGACGAUAGCGAGGGUGGUGGUAUCGAUUUGGAUGGCGAGAGCGAUGAGGAUGACGAGCGUCUGCAUGCGCUGAUGCGAGCGAGACUCUCUGUCGAGGAGUCGACAGCGCCGCCACCACCACCACGGACACAGAGGGCGCCUCCGACGGUGGGAGCGGCGUCCCGUAGCUAG